CCGCCAUGCUCUUCUGUCCUUCCUGCGCAAACAUCCUCAUCGUUGGCAAAUCCAAUGGCAAAAAUAAGUGGGUUUGUCAAACAUGCCCAUACGAGUUUCCGAUUACGAAACAGCAUACGACAAGAACUCAAAUGAAUACCAAAAAGGUCGACGAUAUGAGAGAUGUUUCUUCUGAGCUCAGCAGUGGUGCAAAAACAGCUUAUGAGUGUGCAAAGUGCGGACAUGAAUUUUCCUAUUUCAGCCAGCUUCAGAUUCGUUCUGCGGAUGAACCCAUGACAACUUGUGACUAUCCGCUGUGCAUCUAUUGAAGUCGUAAAGUGACCUUUUAUCUCACAGUUUACAAAUGUGUAUCCUGUGGGAACGUCCGUCGCGAAGAUUGAUAGGACGAUUCGAAGUACUAUGUUAAGAGUAUCCGAC